AUGGGGGAGGAUGGGCAUGGAUUACGGGUGGGUGGGGGAAGGGAUUGUGGAUCUUGGGACAGGGGCUUUUUGUGGUUUCAUCUGUCCCCAUCAUGCCAGGGUAGGGUGACCUUCGAAGACGUGGCCGUGUACUUCUCCGGGGAGGAAUGGGGUCUCCUGGACGAGGCUCAGAGAUGUCUGUACCAGGAUGUGAUGCUGGAGACCUUGGCCCAUAUAACCUCCUUGGGCUGCUGGCAUGGAGCAGGGGACGAGGACGCACCCGAGCAGAGCGUUUCUGUACAAGGAGUGUCACGGGGCAGGACUUCCAAGGCGGCUGUGUCCUCCCAGAAGGCCCCCCCUCGUGAGGUGUGUGUCCCGGACUUGAGGGAACUUUUACAUUCGACCGAGCACCACGCGACACCUGGUGGACAGAAACUGCACAAGAUGGGGGCGUGUGACAAGCAGGUGUAUUUCGACACACGCCUUGCGCACCAGCAGCAGCGCACUGGAGAGAAAUGCUUCGGGAGCAACAGGGGCGGAGCCUCUUCUUGGAAGGACUACACAUUCUGUGUGUCCGGGAAGCCCUUUUCCUGUGGCGAGGUUGUGAGGGACUUGUUGGCGAGCUCGAGAUUCCUCCAGGACCGGGCCACACACACCAGGGAGAAGUCAGACAGGAGAGCUGAGUGCGGGGCGGCCUCUCACGGAAGGAGAACUCCGUGCACCUCGGGAGAGGGCGCCAAGGACCUCACUUGCAGACACACCCUUGUUCGUCACCAGAGACACCUCAGCAGAGAGAGAUGCUUCAUGUGCAGUGAAUGUGGGAAAUCUUUUAGCAAAAGCUACAGCCUCAGUGACCACUGGAGAGUGCACACUGGGGAAAAGCCUUAUGAGUGUGGGCAAUGUGGGAAGUCCUUCAGGCAAAGCUCCAGCCUCAUUCAACACCGGAGGGUUCACACUGGAGCAAGGCCUCACGAGUGUGACGAAUGUGGGAAAUUAUUUAGCAACAAGUCCAACCUCAUUAAACAUCGGAGAAUUCACACUGGAGAACGGCCGUACGAGUGCAGCGAAUGCGGGAAGUCCUUCAGCGAGAGCUCUGCGCUCCUUCAACACCGGAGUGUGCACACUGGAGAGAGGCCUUAUGAGUGCAGCGAAUGCGGGAAGUUCUUUACCUACCACUCCAGCCUCAUAAAACACCAGAGAGUUCACUCAGGAUCAAGGCCCUACGAGUGCAGCGAAUGCGGAAAAUCCUUUACUCAGAAUUCCAGCCUCAUCGAACACCGAAGAGUCCACAGCGGAGAAAGGCCUUAUAAGUGCAGCGAAUGUGAGAAAUCCUUUAGCCAAAGCUCUGCGCUUCUUCAACAUCGGAGAGUUCACACUGGAGAGAGGCCUUAUGAGUGCAGCGAAUGUGGGAAAUUCUUUACUUACAGUUCCAGUCUCCUAAAACACCAGAGAGUACACACUGGAUCGAGGCCUUACGAGUGCGCUGAAUGUGGAAAAUCCUUUACUCAGAACUCUAGCCUCAUUAAACACAGGAGAGUUCACACUGGAGAAAGGCCUUAUGAGUGCAGCGAAUGUGGGAAGUCCUUUAGCCAUAGCUCCAGCCUCAUUAAGCACCGGAAAGUGCACACCGGGUAA